CGCCCCAUCCGGGUCCCCCCGCCCUCCCUCCCGUGGUGCCCCGCGCGCCGCUCCGGCCACUCCAAGAUGGCGCAGCCGCCGGUUCUCCUCAAGGACAUGAAGCUGAUGGACGUGAAGCUGGGCCAGCUGCCCUCCUGGCUGGCCAUGAGGGACUUCACCCCCGGCGGCAUCGUGGGGGCCUGUCGACGAGGUUAUGACAGAUACUACAACAAAUACAUCAAUGUGAAGAAGGGGGGCCUGGGAGGUAUCUCCAUGGUGCUGGCUGGGUAUGUUGUUCUCAGCUACAUCUGGAGCUACAGUCACAUCAAGCACGACCGGCGCAGGAAAUACCACUGAGGCACCAUCAGUGUCAGAAGGUGAAGGUACAGCUCCUGAACAGCCCUGGCUGCUGGCACAGUUAUCCUGACAGAAGACAUCACAACUAUUCACGUUAAAUCUGUGCUGUUGUGACCAAUAAUAAAGUGCUUACACUUUAUGUUUCCUGAGCUGA